AUGGAGUCCCGGGCCGGGCGCCCGCAGGGCCUGCUGGGAGAUGGAGUCCGUCUGCGGGGGGGCAGUUUCGGGGACAGACACUUGGCGCCCGCGCCCCGCCGGAAGUGGCGCGAGGGGCGGACCCCGCGGCCGCUGCCGGCCGGAAAAGCCCUUGGCCUCUUCCACGUCGGGUGGCCGGAAGAACCCCCGCCCCGAAGCCGCACCCAGAAUGCUUCCGGCCAGAGUGGAACUGCCGCCGCCCUCACGAUGUAUCGAGGCUUCCCAUUGGUCUGCGGCGUCCAGAGGUCCCGCCCCCGGCCGCGCGCUGAUUGGCCGCGUUGCGCCAACCGCCAGUAUUUGAAUCGCCUGGCGCGGCGAAAGCGGGCUCGGACCGGACUUGGCGCGGCGGGCCCUGUGUUCCGCAGGCCGGCCAGCAGGAUGAGUUUGCAGGUCCUCAAUGAUGAGAACGCCAGCAGCGAGAAGAGCCCCGAGAGCUGCAACUUCCUGUUUUCACCGCCAGAACCUUCCGGAAGAUCGGCUGUGCUCCGCCUAUCACAGAAAGAGAACGUGCCACCCAGGAGCCUGGGCAAAGCAGUGAAGGUGACCUUCCAGACCCCGCUGCGGGACCCGCAGACACACAGGAUCCUGACUCCUGGUCCGGGCAGCUGCCUGCAGACCCUGCUUGCUCUAGAUGACAGACAUAGGCCCGAGGGCGCCCUGCACAUCCCACCGCAAAGCGAGAGCGAGGCAGACGCUCACAUCUCCAGCGGAACCCUCCAGAGACAAGCAGUGGCUCAGGUAGACCCUGCCUUGGGGACGGGGAGCCUGGCCCCUGAAGACCCUGACUCGAGCAAGCCUGGCCCAGCGUGCCUGAGUGCCUCCAGCCCCCCUCAGAGCCUAGGACCUAGGAAAGACGAGACAGCAGCUCCAGGCGUCCCCGGCAGCCCUCACGUUACGCUGCAGGAAGAGGGGGUCACCCGUCUCCCCGGUGACAGACGAGCAACUGUCGCCAGCAAGCCAGGCCUAGUCCCCACACAGAGUCCACCCGCUGCUGCCUGCGGAAGCCCGCACAGUGCCCACCUGUCCUUGCCCAUGGCUCCUGAAGAACUACACGGGGUGCCCGGAGGUGCUGAGGCUCCCCUGCAGCCCACGGGCUGCCUGGCACUGGCAGACGAAGGCCUGUCCCCUCCUGAGGACUCGGCCCCCGCUGCCCCCUCACAGGCCAGCAGGACCCCAUCCCCAAGUCCCCAGAAGGGAGCUGUCACUGAGCAGGCAGCCGAGUCCCCGCAGACCCAUCCCUGUGCACUGGGACAGAAGCAGGAGGUGGCUGCCGGCGAGGCUCACAGCAGGGACGGACAACCCAAGCCUGCAGCCCACCUCAGCCCAGAGGAGUCACCAGUGCCAGGCUCCAGCCUGUUGGAAACUGCCCGUGAGACUGCUGGCCAGGCUGCCCAGCCCUGGGAAGGCCCUGAAAGCAGCGCCGAGCAGCCUGAGGCCGAAUCCCCAGGGUCUGAGCCUGCGACUACUGAGCCCUCACCCCCCAGCCAGCCACAGUGUACAGCUUUGCUGGGCAACACCCCUGAGGUACAGAUGGCAGCCAAGACCCCAGGAACAGAGGACAAGGGAGUUGCUGGUCCCUGGGGCAUAGCAACACCCACGCACUGUCCAGGCGGGGAGCCCGCAGCCCCCACUGCUCAGCAAUUGCCAGAGCCACUUUUGAAGGUGGAGGAGGAGAGCUUCCGAGACCCAGCCGAGGUUCUAGGCAUGGAGGCUGCCGAAGUGGAUUACUUGGAGCAGUUCGGAGCUUCCUCAUUUAAGGAGUCAGCCUGGCGGAAGCAGUCCUUGUACCUGAACUUUGACCCCCUCCUGAGGAACAGCCCCCGGCAGCUGCUGCUGCCACAGCUGCCGCCAUCCCCGGCCCCGGAGGCGCACAGCACACAGCUCCCAGAUGGGCCCUCAGGGACUGCCCAGGAUGCCCUGCUGGUGGACCUGGACCUCCUGGGACCUGUCAGCUGUGCACUUCCUCCACAAGCUCAGGUGCCGAGCACACCCCCGCGCAUCCUGCAGCCUGGGGACCCACCCGUGCCAGUGGGGCCCGUUGUGGACGUGCUGCAGUACAGCCAGCGGGAACUGGAUGCUGCGGUGGAGGCGGCACACACGGAGAGCCAGGAACUGAGGCGCAGGUGUGAGGAGCUACAAGCCAGGAACCUGGAGAUGGGGAAGAUCAUGGACGGGUUUGAGGCAAUGGUCUACCAGGCGAUGGAGGAGGGGCAGAAGCAGAAGGAGCUCGCCAAGGCUGAGGUGCAGAAGGUUCUGAAAGAGAAGGCCCUGCUCACAGCCGACCUGAGCUCCAUGGAAAAGUCCUUCUCCGACCUCUUCAGGCGCUUUGAAAAGCAGAAGGAGGCGAUCGAGGGCUACCACAAGAACGAGGAGGUGCUGAAAAAGUGCGUGCAGGAUUACCUGGCGAGGAUCGAGAAGGAGGCACAGAGGUACCAGGCGCUGAAGGCCCAGGCCAGUGAGAAACUGCAGCUGGUCAACGAGGAGCUGGCGCAGGUGCGCAGCAAGGCCCAGGCAGAGGCCCUGGCCUUCCACGCCAGCCUGCGCAAGGCCCAGAUGCAAAUCGAGUCCCUGGAAAAGGCUGUGGAGCAGAAGGGGCGAGAGAAUGAAGAGUUGACCCGCAUCUGUGACGACCUCAUCUCCAAGAUGGAGAAGCUCUCGGGCACUGCUGCUGGGCAGCACGCGGAAUAAAGUCCCCUGAAGUCGC